UAGGCUGGGAGGAGGAAGUUGCUAUGGUUUGUUAAACCUCUUGUAUUCAUCCCCUGACUUGUCGCUGGACCUGCUCCUGGACCUCCAGCUCUCCCCAGGACCUUGCCCCGGGUCUCUCUCAGUUGCAUGCAUCCAAAGCCCAGUUUCUUUCUGGCUUGAGACCCAUGUUUCUUUCCUCUCCCCUUUCUUUCCUCAACAUCCCCCAGCCUAGACCCUGCACCUCCCUUCCCAGUCCUCUGAAACAAGCUAGGUUCCAUUGCUCAGUGAGGCUGCUGCCCAGGCUAGAUCUGAGCCUUGGUUUCAUCUGGGUGAGUUGGACCCCAGGGAAGAUCCUACUUAGCUGAAAGGCUGGAGGUUGGAGGUCAGGAAGUCUGAGGUUCCAGGCAGACAGGGAAUCAACUUCGAGCAUUGAUGCCAAGCAGGUCAGGCCAGGAGGCAGAACUGGCCUGACCAGUCAGAGGCCCAAGGAGGGAGAUGUGAUCUUCUCGUUUGUGUCUGUGUGUGUAUCUGUGGGUUAGGCAGAGACUGUGAUGUGUGGUGGUCCAAAAUUACCUUUCUAACUGUGGGGUGGGUCGCUUCGCUGUCUGACCUUUAGGCAAGUAGUUGCUUUCCUGUUCUUCGCUGUGGGAAGCCGUAGGCAGGUGAGCAUUGGUUAGAGGCCAUCCUAGAGCAGGUGAGCAAAGUGUCUGCUUUGUGGUGGGUUGGGACCCUGGGAAGUUCCCACACUGGGGCACCUUAGAGGAAGCUGAGAUGCCGGGAGCCCAGGCCAAACUGGGACCUGCCUUGAUGGGCAAGAGGAGGGGCCCGUGAGACAAAAGUGGGGACAAGGAGACCUCUAGGUCUCAGGACCAGAUGAAGGCCAGGUGUGGGUCUCAUUCAGCCCUGACCUUGGGCUUGGUGCCCAGGCAGGGAAAGAGUUGGAGCGGUGCCAGCGGCAGGCGGAUGAGGUGACGGAAAUCAUGCUCAACAACUUUGACAAAGUCCUGGAGCGCGAUGGGAAACUGGCAGAGCUGGAGCAGCGUUCAGAUCAACUCCUGGACAUGAGCUCAGCCUUCAGCAAGACAACCAAGACCUUGGCCCAGAAGAAGCGCUGGGAGAACAUCCGCUGCCGGAUCUACUUGGGGCUGGUGGUGGGCGGUGGCGUGCUCAUCCUCCUGAUUGUGCUGCUGGUCCUCUUCCUCCCACAGAGCAGUGAGGGCAGCAGUGUUCCGCAGGCCCAGAACACAGGUGCUGCCUCGGGGCCUGGGGACUGACCCAGCUGGGCCUGGAGGAGAGGCCGACUGGCCACACUGGCCUGUUCUGAUCGCCAGAGAACCCUGGUGUUUGCUCCCACCUGAGCCACCCCAGUGAGCGCUGACGGGCAGCCCCAAUGCGUGCACCUUUGCAUCUCCUAUCACUCCACAGACGGGCCCUUAAGGGCAGUCUGCUGCACUGGCCAUGCCAGGCCAGCCCCACCUGGAGCUCAGUAAAAGCUGCUGUUUGAUUAA